AUGGGGAUGGCUCGGAUCUCCUGCACACUGUCGGUUCGUUUCCCACGAAAUACAUCUCCGAAAUCUUUACGAGAUGACUGGGGGACGUACUCGAAUACGAAACAAAUCAUUGAAGAAUUGGGCAUCGAGGAUUACAGCUUUUCCGACCUUUUGGUUUUUCGUGAAGUUUGUUUGGUCGUCUCGCGACGAAGUGCAAAUCUAGUUGCAGCAGCGAUCGCUUGCGUGUUGAAUCGAAUACGUCGACCAAAAAUGGUAGUUGCCAUCGAUGGCAGUACUUACAAAUACCACCCAUUUUUCGAACAUUGGAUCGCCGAAAAAGUAAAAGAGUUGCUGGACCCUACAUUGAAG